UACCAUGUCUCAAACAUUCACAAUUUUCAUUUCAUUUUUAUCUUAGACUAUUUCAAUUCAAUCAUAGACCAUAUGAAAUGAAACCAUAUCAAUAUAUUUUUCAUCAUCUUCAUUACUAUAUAUAUCAUUCAUCAACCACCACAUGAAAUGAACCUCUCAACACUCACACUCUCACUCUCUUCAUGUCAUCAUCACAUGAACAAAAAAACCAUCACCGCCAUCACAUAUCAUGAAUCAAAAUAGCACCAUGAUUCUUCCAUUACCCUUUCUUCCUGAAGAACUCAUUCUUGAAAUCCUCAUAAAACUUCCAAUAAAAUCUCUAUUACGUUUCAGGUGUGUAUGCAAAUCAUGGUUACACAUAAUUUCCAAUCCUUACUUCAUAAAAAAACAACUUCACUUUUCAACACAAAACACUCACUUCACAACCAAUCAUAGAAUCAUAUUGAGUGCUACUACAGCUGAAUUUCACCUCAAAUCUUGUUCUAUAACUUCUCUUUUCAAUAACCCAUCAACAGUUUCUGAUGACCUUAACUACCCUGUUAAGAACAAGUUUCGCCAUGAUGGUAUUGUUGGUUCUUGUAAUGGAUUACUUUGUUUUGCUAUAAAAGGUGAUUGUGUUCUUCUUUGGAACCCUUCAAUAAGGGUCUCUAAAAAGUCACCACCUUUAGGGAAUAAUUGGAGACCAGGUUGUUUUACUUGUUUUGGUCUUGGUUAUGAUCAUGUGAAUGAUGAUUACAAAGUUGUUGCUGUUUUUUGUGAUCCUAAUGAGUUUUUCAGUGAAUCUAAAGUUAAGGUUUAUAGUAUGGCUACUAAUACUUGGAGGAAGAUUCAUGAUUUUCCUCAUGGUGUUUCACCUUACCAAAAUUCAUCUGGGAAAUUUGUUAGUGGUACACUCAAUUGGGCUUCUAAUUACUCAAUUGGUUCAAGUUCUUUUUGGACUAUUGUUUCUUUGGAUUUGGAGAAGGAAACUUAUAGGGAAGUGCUUCCACCUGAUUAUGAAAAGGAAGAGUGUUCAACUCCUAGUUUGAGUGUGCUAAAGGGUUGUCUUUGCAUGAAUUAUGAUUACAAAAAGACUGAUUUUGUUGUAUGGUUGAUGAAGGAUUAUGGUGUGAGAGAGUCUUGGAUUAAAUUGUUGACAAUCCCUUAUUUGCCAAAUCCUGAAGAUUUCUCAUACUCGGGGCCUUAUUGUAUUUCAGAGAAUGGUGAAGUCUUGUUGAUGUUUGAGUUUGACUUGAUUUUGUAUGAUCCAAGAGAUCAUUCAUUUAGGUAUCCUAGGAUUGAAGGUGGGAAGGGUUGGUUUGAUGCAGAGGUUUAUGUUGAAAGUUUGGUUUCACCAAUGAAGGAUUGAGGUUGAUGAGCUUGAUAUGCAACUGAAGUGUAAGGAAGAAUAAAAUGAAGUGAAAUCCUUAUGGUUUUUAUUUCUGUUCAUGUAUUAUGCCAUUAUUAGAUGUAUAAUAUGUAUGUGGAGAACUGAGAGGCAAAGCAGUGUAUAUAGGUGUUGUUAGUAUUUGAUAUUUGAUGAAGCUCAGUUGUCUGUUCUUGUGUUGGGUUAUGAUAUAAGAUAAAACAUACAGUUUCAUCUAUUUCUUGAUAUGUGGGAUGAUUAUGUUGUUGUGAUUAUUUUGUGGAAAUCGAGUAUGUUGCGCAUAAAUACGGAGACUAAUUUCUCGAGCUGAAAAGACCACAAUAGAUGCCAAAGUCUUCCGCAAGUUUAACGUUGGUGCUUUCUCAACAAGAUUCAAACCAAGGUGUGCGAAAAUACUAAAGUAGUUUCCAGAGCAGAAUAAAAUCACAAUGAAUGUCAAAAAAUUUCCUCAAGAGUUUUUAAUGUUGGUGCUUUCUAUAGACAUGAUUCAAGUUUGGACCCCUGGACGCAAAUACUAGACAAAUUUCUCGAAUCAAGUAAGAUCGAUAUGGAUGUCAAAGUUUAAGAGUUUUAACUUUGGUCAAGAGCUUUAAUGUUGGUGCUUUCUCACAACACAAAUCUGAAAUAUCUGUUGUUGUAAAACCUAAUAAAGAUUUUGUGCAAGAUCAAGAUUUAAAUAGUCAUGAUAAAAAAAAAAAAUGAAAAUAGAUAUGCAAAAUUCUGCCACGUGAUUUAAAGGUGGUAGAAUUUUCUUAGAAUAUAUUGGUAGAAGUGUAUGAUUUCUUGUAUUAUUGUAACUAAGCAUAUUUUAAACUA